CAGUCCCCUGGGAAUAUUUAUAGAACAAUCAAUGCCUACCUCAUCCAACCCCUCAAAGAGAUACCUAAUGUUUUUCCCUUCUUCCCUCAACCACUACCAGCACCACUACCUCUUCAAUCCAGAAAGAUGUCGGGUAUCACGCAAACCGUUCUAUCUUCCACUAUAUUUAAUGUUAUCGGAGUGUGCACCGCUGCCACCAUACUAGUCAAAUUUUCUUCAUUAAUUAGAAAAUACACCCGUUCAUCCAAGCUAUACAAGUUUGCGCAUCCAUCCCAAACUGGAGAUUCGCCGUGGGCCUUGGUCACGGGCGCAUCAGAUGGCAUAGGCCGCACUCUGGCUGAAGAAUUGGCUGCCAAUGGAUUCAAUGUCAUAAUACAUGGGCGGAACAGCAACAAGCUUGCUAAAGUCUCGUCUGAGCUUCAAGCUGCAUUUCCUCAGAGGUCAUUCAGAUUUCUCGUUGCAGAUGCCAACAACGUGCGCUGUGCGAACUGCGUUAAGGCUUCGCAGGAUGACGGGUCGGAUAAGCUAGCAGGCGUAGACUUCGAGGCGAUUAAGCAUGAAGUGGAAGGUCUGAAUCUCACCGUGCUCAUCAACAACGUUGGAGGAAAUCCGGUCGACCCAAUUUUCAUGCCCCUGAAAGAUAAGGGGGAGCUCAAAACCACCGAGAACAUCAGCCUCAACGCUCUGUUUCCGAUACAUCUAACUCGCACUCUUCUCCCGAACCUCAUCCAAAACGCGCCAGCACUCGUCAUCAAUAUCAGCACCAUGACUGAGGAUUUCCUACCACUUCUCGCAACGUACGGCGCUAGUAAGCGAUUCCUCUUGAGUAUAGGAAACAGCAUUCGCCUAGAGCUGGCUAUGGAAGGCAAAGAAGACGACGUCGAAAUCUUGGGCGUCCGGACGGGAAGAGUCACAGAUGUUGUGGGUUGGAAAGAGCCUCCAACCUUUUUCAUACCGACCGCGAAGAGAUACGCCAAGGCCGUACUGUCCCACGCCGGCCACGGACACGGAAUCGUAGUUGGGUAUUGGGCACACGCGCUACAAGACGUAAUGUCGCUCCUGAUGCCAUCAAAGGUGAAGGAUAAAGUUAUCAUAGAUAUCAUGCGCCGGACCAAAGAAUGGGAUGACAAGGCUAAGAAACAAUUGUGAGUUACUUCGUUGUAGUGAAGCGGAUUCGAGAGUUCACGCCCCUGAUUGGAGAUCCAACCCCACUCCCCCUUCUCCCUGUCCUCAUGUUCCUUCUUAGGCACACCUGCAUUUUCGCUUCGUUACAGUGAACGGUGGAAGGGUAAAAGGGGCUUAUUUAGAAUCAAUGAUUCAUAGUUCUGGGGAACCUUGAUUCUCCAUUAAUGGUAUCCCUACGAGUUAGCAGUAUGAAAAAAUAAUAAUUUAAAAAAAGCCUAAAUUGUUCUACUAAAAUCACACCUCUCUGAGUGUUAACCUUAAUCAGCCCUAAUUCCUUCUCAUGCCACAUUUUCUAGGCACCGUCGGCUUAGGAGGUAGAUGGGAAGGGGUGAUAGCUUCUUGCAUCAAGCUGUGUUGCAGUGGCUGUUGACGUGCUGUUGAUCCCCGAUGUAAAAAGCGAAGGGUAUUACGCUUGCGAAGACAAGGAGUGCAUAACAACAUAAUAACGGGCAAGAUUGUCACUUAACAACUACCUCAAGUAGGUAAUAUUAGAAGACAUUCAUUUUGAAGAUUCA